UGUAUACUGGUUAAAACAGCAAACAUCUGGAAAUGGGAAGAUGAGCACAAUCAAAAGCGCAGCAGACAUUAUUGCGGGGAUGAUGAUGCCGAUUAGCUAUCAUUCCCAGUUAGUGCCUUGAGGGUAAUGCCAGUGAUAUUUCCUUCCACACUGACAGUCCACCCAGUACCUGCACAGAGUAGCUGCAAACUACUAUUUAUUUGGAACAUCGGCCAACUUAGACGUACGAACGCACGACAGAAGUGUAUGCACAACAGUGUAUCUGAACAAACUUUUAUGUCUGCAGCCCACCACCUGCAUGCACCUGAGUUAUGAGAGAAAUGGCAGCUUGAAACGGAUGGCACACUUUGCCCUAUCCUGUUUCAUAGUUUGUUGGCCGAUUUUGACCGAUCUGCUUCAGUUUUGGCCACUUAUUAACUUUACAGCAGAUACUCGCUGCAGUCUACAUGAUGAGUAGUUCUCAGUUAGAAGGCUCAUUUUAUUUAGCUCAUUUAUAACUAUUUUAGAGACGUUUUGAGCAUGAUAGCAACCAAUGUUAAUACUUAAGUGGAUUUUGCUGUCUCAGGAUCUUUUGGUACCCACGCUCACAGCAACAUAGACCCCCUCCAACAUCUAGUAUUAGGUAUACUUUUGGAUGACCUCGGCGUUUUAAAGCUUUGAGUACCUUAAUUACAUUAUCGUUCUGGGUCGCUGGAAGCUAAUAGACAUCAGCAUAAAUCAUUUUGCUGGGAUACGUUUCUGAAUCUUAAUAGGAUAACCUGAACCGAAGUCAGUCCUGAGGACACCUGUUCGUUAUUCUUAUGCCGUUGUGUGGACACUGUGGGUGUGCUAGUUUGCUACUUUUGGUCUGUUAACUGUUUCUUCGGAUGUUUGUCUGUGGGCUUUCACCACACUGUCCAUAUUUAUCUUUCUCAAUUCUUGCAAGCGCCAGAAGUGACAGGAGUGUAAUGUCAGGUUCCCAGGGUUGAGUACCGGAGCCCCCGCCUCUCCGUAUCUUUCAGCCUCUCCUCAAUGCAUUCACUGCUUGAUAGGAAAAAGAAAAAGAGCAAGGGCUCCUCCUCCUCGUCUUGCAGUGGCGUGGAUGCCGGGCUGCAGCUGUCACCCCUCCAGUCGGGCGCUGCCGCCACCUUUCCCCUCCAGCGGCAGCCCCAGCCGCCACCACCCGCCAUGUGCAGCAGCGUCGGCUGCUUUUGGAUGCUGUUAGCCUGUGCCCUGCUGGCAGUGUGCACUUUCAGCUUUCUUUCGCCAGCCUGGAUUGUGCUGGAAAGCUCGGAGCCGGGGAAGCCCGGCGUGAACUUCGGACUGCUGUGGCGCUGCUUUUCUGCUGCUAAGCCUCCAUACCGGGAACAGAACCAGCAGGUUACUUAUCAUGUACCAAGUGACAGCUGCUCUUCCUUCCGCCCGCUGGGCAGGUUUGCUGAGAUCCCAUCCAGCUCUUGGCAGACAAGUGCAGUGCUGUGCUCCGGGGGAUGCACUCUGUUGGCAAUGAGUUGUAUACUGGCCAUUAUCAAUGUGUUCCUCCCCAGUGGACUGUGCGAGCGGAGAAUAUGCACACUUGCUGGUUACAUGCAAAUGGCAGCAGUGUUCAUCAUGGCGUCAGGUCUCUUGAUUUAUCCCUUUGGACUCAACAAUAAAAUUGUCAGUGACUUCUGCGGAAAUUCAACAAACAUCUAUUAUGCAGGCAACUGCAAAAUAGGAUGGGGCUACAUGUUGGCAAUCGUUGGAGUUAUGCUUUCUGUCUUUUUACCCUUUUUCAAAUAUGCCCCAAAAGAGCCUACAUCACCAACUCCGAUUCCUACCAUUUUAUAGUCAUUUUAUGUUUAUGUCAGGUACCACACCUCAAAGGAAAACAACACAUUGGAGCAUUUACUUGUUUUUAACUUAAGGAGAAGAAUCAAAUUCAGAAAGACUAAAAGUACAUACAGUCUUCCUCUUAAAGAGUUUAAAACUGAUAAGCAAACUUUCAUAUGAGCUCUCUAUAAAUUAUACUGACACUGACCACAAAGGACAUAGUUUUCCAGUUUUAUUUUUAACAGGGACAUUGCUUUGAACUCUUUAUAGUUAGCUCUAUUUCUUUACCUCCCUUCCCAACUCAUCAGUUGAACAACAUUCGGCAUGCUUUACUUUCAUUUUAUAAAGCAUUCAUGUUUCAGUAUGUGCUAUUUGUAGGUGCUUAUUUUAUAGCUCAACUAUCUGCAGAUUUACCUAGUAAAAUAUUAGAGGAACUGGUCAUUCACACAUGCAGUUUGAACUGUUCAUUAUUAACAUUCUGUAAAAAUAAAAAUAUUUUUUUGACUGACUCAGACCCCCUCCAAGCAUGAGCUGUUACUAUACAAGGAAGCAAAAAGCUGUUCUGCUGCACACUGUACAUAUUGCAAAUGAAAACAAGGUGUGCAACAAUGCAGAAGUAUGCAAGCAUGUGAUUAUCCAUGUUAUUAAAAACACAAUAAUGACAAGCAAGUGAAUAUGAAAUGAAAAGGGGAUGGGAUGCAAAUUAUAUAAUCUACACUUUCUGAAAAUCCAGCUUUGAUGGGUUGAAGUCUCUAUUUUCUAAAGCAUCAUUUAUUCCUGAAAAUAUUUACCUACCUCCCAGUUUCUACCUGUUUCUAAGUAAUGGUUUAUUCAUAGUGGGACCAUGUUUGUCUUUGAGUGUUCUUUUUUAUAUAUUUCUCUCUGUGUCUUAAUAAAUGUUGAGAUCUGUGUAUUUUGAUGUGCCAUGUAAGGUCUGUUAAAAAAUUUAACUGCAGGGCAAAGUCUGUAACCUGCUCGUUUACUUGUCUGUACUACUUUGUGCCAGAAAUAAGAAGAAAAACUGUGAUGUAAUUUUCAUAUUGCAUACUUUCAGGAUCUAAAUGUACUCACUUUCUGAAAGCAAAUUCUGUAAUAGGAUACAUUAUUUGGCCUAAUGCAUGCUUGGAUUAGUGCCUGAAACAUUUACCUUUUAAACUUGAUAUUGUAUGUAGCCUAUACAGAAAGUAUAUAAUAUUACAAACACAUUUUUUCACUAAUCAGAACAACUGGUAUAAUCUUUGUAACAAAAAUAGUUUUCAUCUUAGACUGCUUGAAAAGAAAACUCUAAAAAAAGACUAAUACUAAACAUUCCAGCCUAAACAACUAAGAAAAAAUUAUCAGGGAUUUGCAUAGCAUUCUACAGUAUAAAAAUGUUAAUACCAUAAAAUUAAUUCAUAAAACAAUUAACAUCCAUUAGUGUUUUGGUAAAAGUAACACUCCUUGUACAAAAUUCUACAAUGAUGGUAUUGCUGAUAUAUUACUUCCAUUUUAAAAAUGUUUAAGAUGGGUCCAGCUUUCAAAGAACAUUACACAUAGGUGUGUUAAUUUGUUAUUUUGCACCAGACAAUUUUGCAAUCAUUAAUUAUGCUAACACAAUCAUGUCAUAACAAAAUACAGUGAGUAGUACCUAACUUACAUAAAUUAGGGUGGGAAUCCAAGCCUUGUGACUAAAACAGCAUGUUAAGAUGUGUGUAAUGUUAAGGAAAUACUCUCAAAGUACUUCUGUUUAAUAUUCCUGUAGACCACCACUUACUAGCUCAGCUUUACCUUGUUUAAGGCAGGGAACUUGUGUAGUCUACCAAGGCAGGUCCUACCAUGUUUAUAGUCUAUGAAAUUAUUCCCAGCAUUCAGUGUGAUGCCUGCCUCUCCCUAUCAUUAUUAGCUGAAUAGCAAAAUUAUCUCUGAAGUUCAGUCAUGCAUCUCUCAUAAAAUUCACUCAAAUAGAAAAUUGCUUCUGACAAAAACUGACAAGAACGCUUUUCCAUCUUUGAAUAAAGAUCUGUUUAAACCCCUAACUGGACUGAAUUUUCCUUUGGAAAGAGGACUUUAUUUAUUUAUGUUGUUAGUUGUGGCCAGGAUCUGGCAUUCUGAACCGUUAACCUUAUUGCUAAUAUUUUACUUUUUCCUAUAGACUGUUGAGGCUGCAGGUUGGGAUACCACAUCAAUACUUCAUGGAUUUCUCUGUCUUUUUCCCCACUGUUGUGUGACCAUGGAGUUGGUAUAUGCAACUUGGGGGGUUGUGGAGAUCUUCCCACACAACGGGUAUGCAGCAGGGCUUAACCCUCAGCAAAAAAUGCUUUGUUCGUCUUUCACUGCAUAUGGUUUAUUUGUGGUGAUGUUCACACUAAAGGCAUAUGGCUUUCUGACAUGUUUCUCUGUUGAUGUGACCAGCAAAAUAAAAGAGAAGAUAUGUUAUACAGCAUAGCAAAUCCAUCAUAAACUGUACUCAAGUAGUCACAGGGAACAAUGCAUCACAAAAUACCGUUACAGAACAGUUCUUGAUAUGAAUCUUCUGUCCUUUAGUUUGUAGAAAGGUCUGAGAGUCAUUUUUCUUUUUUUUUCCACAAUUUUAAGGCAAAUGGAACUUUGGAGAACAUCAUGAUCACAGUUUCUGAAACAAUUUUAUGUAAUACAGUAGCCUCUAAUGGAUAUUAGAUACCAUCUGUCAAACCAUGAAACUGUGCCUUUCUUGUUAUGCUGUGAGAUAAACAGGACUAAUAUCACAACCAGCUUUAAAGCAGCCAGUGAAAAAUGUGUAUAUUCUGUAUAGAACAUACACCUGACAUUUUCUUUUUAAACCUCUUAUGACUAUUUAGUGCCAUGUUUUGUAAAAUAAUAUGUAUGAGUAUCAGUCUUUUGUUUAUGUCAAACUAUAAAUCGUUUCAGUUGGUAUGACUUUCUCAAGGAGUCAUUAAUUUUGGCACCAGCAAAUAUGUAAAAACUGAAGCCAACUUUAGUAAAGGAGUUAAAUCAUACCUUUUAGUGUUUGACUCUUUUUCUCUCUUAGUCUGUAGUCCUGCUUUGCAUUCACAAUUCAAACUAUUCUUCCCCUUCCCAUUGGAUGUAUGUUGCCUUAGACAAUCCCCAUAGCAUAAUCUCACUCUUGUGAGAUGGACCCUCCACCAAAUACUGGCUCUAGAUCUAAGAGCAUGACAGAAACUGAUUAAAUUUGUACGGGAGAAUACUUUUAUUUUCAAACAUUUUCUAACAAUUUCCAGGCACAUCUGACAGAUGUACAUAACUUAUUAUGUGCCUGUUAAGUAGUGCAGAAUCUACUGUAUGAUAUUUCUGGCUACAUUUGUGAACCGAUCAUCAACUUUCUUUUAUUACAUGAAAAUUGAUUGUUCCUGAGGAUACUGUAAAUCUCCCAUUGACACCCCAGCAUCUUGGCUUUAGUAGUGUGUUAUCCUGGCACCUAUAUUGUUUCAUCUGUGGAUAGGUAAAGUGUAGUGGUCACUUUCUGAAGCAAGUGCAAAUAAUGAGUUCAUAAAGUUGGAUAUAUAACUUCCUUUUUUAACAUAUAUAAUACUAAGUUAUAUAAUUUUUGAUGCAAAAGUAUGGUGUUUUUGCCUUUUAUUUUGUUUAUAAGGACAACCCACUGAAAUUUUUCUUGAAGUUGAAAAUCCUUGCCAUGACAUCAUGAAGACUGAAUCCAUAAAGCCUCAUUCCCUAAGUUAAUGCACAGGAUACUGGAUUUCCAUACAUCAUUUCCUAGAAACACAGGCUAUCAACUAAGUAUUGCAGGAGAAAUACCUUACAUUGAUAAUUAACAUAUUUGAGGAUGUAAAUAAGAAGCUGCUCUUCUAAAGAAAUAAGUUGUUUUGUUUACCAAUAGUAUUUUGCGGAUGUAUGUAAAUCAUUGCCCUGUUCCUACCAUGAUGUCAUUUUGUGCGUGUGUUUAUAUGGAAAACUGAGUAUCUAAAAAAAUCAAACAUUACAAUAUAAUCUUCAUUUUUUUGUAAAAUCACUUGAAACAUUAGUACAAGGAAUAUAUCUGGAAAUUAAAAUUAACUGUAAAGCAAAGAUACUUCAGAAAUGAAUCAAUGCACUUUAAGCUACUGCAGCUGUACUGCUGAAAAGAAAUUAAAAAAUGGUUAAGAAUUUCA